CGCGACCGCAGCAGCAGGCUCGAGGGCUGAUGCGAGGCUGACUGCGCUGCCGCAGUCAGGCCCACGCGGUCGCUAAACGAUAAACGGCGUCGUUUGGGCAUGGUCCCCCAUCGCUGCGGGAAGUGCGUUCUUCGAGGCCUUGUUCGUCGAGGGGCGAACGCUAACUAACCUCUGACGCCGGGGACCUUGAGCCCCGGGGCGAAGGCGCUGUUCAUGCACCUUUCUGUGAUGUUUCUUUCUCGAGAUAGUGCUGCAACGAUGACAGUGGAGCUUCGGUGGGAGUUGUUAUGCAGCGCUUGUGCUGCUCUCUACAGUCAACUUCAUCUGCGAGUGCUACUCUCGGGCGUACGUUCCGCACCCGAACUGUUGAUUCGGGUCGGUUUUGAAUCGGACGAGCUCGAUGCGCUAAGCGUUGACUUCUUUUAAAAUCUUAUCGGGUGCCCACAAUAAAAUGAUAUGGGGGUGGGUUAAGUUUCCUAGAAACGCGAAAAAUGGUUCAACAAGAUUCAAGAAAGCAUAAAAAGGUGGAAAAGGCAACAAACGGCGAACCAAGAUGUACCGGAUUUUCAGUUCACCAUCUGUUCCUUUCGAUAGGGGAAUGUGUCAAGAUUAUAUGGAGUUACGACUUCGUGAAGCGCUGAAGAUUACAAUUGCCCGAGUCACCAAAAACGGGAAGCGAACGACUAUGCGACGAGUCACGGGCGCACGCACGCUGGUCGCGCCUGGAGAAUGAAAGCGGAGAGCAUUACGACUGUAUUUACUGAGGCCUGGGCUGCAAAUAUAUACCGCUUGGCAGGGGAGUUAAAGUGAGAAGCCACAUACCUGGAUAAUAAAUCUACCUCGUCCUGUAGUUCCUUCAUGCGUACAUAGUACAUACAAUUUUGGCACGUACAGCUGCUGCGGAUCACUAUUACGGGGCCAGUAGGAUUACUCAUUAGAUUAAUCUUAAAUGCUGAGGGGAUAAACAAACCAUCGGACUGAACAGGAUGAGACACUGUGGACUCAGUGUGGAGCAUGCCGGGCAUUUGGAGGUUUCCAAGGCUUCUUCUUCUCAUCUUCUCUUCAUUCACUGCCCUUGUCACAGGUUUAUGGCGUAAGUGCAUCUUGAUUGAUGCUUGUGUAAUAGUGAGUGCGAUAUAUCCACAGCGAAAACGCGCAAAGAAUCUAAUCACAAUUCAACAUUCUCUAAAUCUGUGAGUGGAAGGCGAGAUCUGUCCUCUCACUGGGAUGUAAGAGAUGGAGAGAGAGAGAGAGG